AUGGUAAAGAAACUCGAAGAUCUGGACAAACGUGUAGAAUUAAUGGAGACGGGUUUGAAAGAAUAUCAAGAAGAGCGAGUGGAUUUGCAUCCUACAAGGGAGAAACCACCUCCUUACAACCCAGACAUACGUUUCCCAACAUUCCCUGACAAGUUUGAUUGUGAUGUGUUUCGCAAAUGGGUAAAGGAAGUAGAAUUGUAUUUUGAGUAUUAUCGUGUCCCAGGGUAUCAACAAUUCGAACUUGUAGUUGCCUCAUUGCCACAAGAGGGAGAGGUUUUUCAAUGGUGGCAAGAUAUCAAAGAGCUAUGCACUAGAACUAGACUCCCUUUAUUGAUUCCCAUUGGGUGGAACGAGAUGAAGAGGUUGGUUAUGCAUAAAUUCCUUCGUCCAAUGCUUGUUUGA